CCGCCCCGCCCCUCACAUGACCGCUAGCGAGGGUUUUGUCGCGCCCGCUCGCUCCGGCCGCCCCCCGUGCCCCGGUGUCCCCGCGGGCAGCAGCGGCACCGCCACCACCGCCACCGCCGCCAUGGGCCCGCGCCGCUCCGCCGCCUCCUCCUGCGGCCGCCUCCUCCUGCCGCUGCUGCUGCUCGGCUUCUCCGGUUUUUUCCAGUCCUAUGCAGUUGAAGUAGAUAUAAAGGAUGCUUCUAAUGCUACAUGCCUGUAUGCAGAUUGGAUGAUGAGGUUCUUGAUAAAAUAUGAAUCAAACAGUGGUGAUUAUAAAACCACAACCCUGAAUUUGUCAUCGAGUGUGACACACAAUGGAAGCGUCUGUGGCAAUGACACACAAGCUGCCCUUGUGGCAGUGCAGUUUGGAGAAGGUCAUUCUUGGAGCAUUAACAUCACAAAAAACAAUGAAACUUACCAGGGAGACUUCAUCACACUGACCUACAACACCAAUGACACAGCUGUAUUUCCUGAUGCUAAAAGAAAAGGACCAAUUACUGUUCUUGUGAGGGAUCCUUCGCGUCCAAUUCAACUGAAUACUGUCUUCGUGUGUCAUAAUUCCUUUGUUAUUGAAGCAGAAAAUACAACGCAGAUUUUCUGGAAUGUUACUAUGCAGGCUUUUGUUCAGAAUGGCACGGUCAGUAAAAAAGAGUCUAGAUGUCCUGCUGAUACACCUACUUCUGAACCUACUGUUCCACCUACUAUUGCCAAUGUAACUACUGCAUCUACCACUACUUUGUCUCCUGCUCCAACAACUGCUCCCAAACCUGUGGAGAAUCCAGUCACAGGAAAUUAUUCUCUUAAAAGUGGAAAUAAAACUUGUUUCCUGGCAACUGUGGGGCUGCAACUGAAUGUUUCUCAAGAAAAGCCUCUUCUGAUCAACAUCAAUCCAAAGACAACUGUUGCAGAUGGUGCCUGUGGUAACACAACAGCCACUCUGAAACUGAAUGAUGGAAAUAGCACACUGAUUGGUUUCACAUUUGCUGUUAAAAAUACAAGUGCAAGUGUACAAAAAUUUUAUCUGAGGGAGGUGAAUGUUACUCUGCUCAACCGUCUGAAUGGUUCUGUCAUUUCAAGUGCAGACAACAGCAACUUAAGCAAGUGGGAUGCUUUCCUUGGUAGCUCUUACAUGUGCCGAAAAGAGCAAACCCUUCAGAUUAAUGAAAAUGUUCAAGUACAUACUUUUAAUCUAUGGAUUCAGCCAUUCCUUGUGGAGGCAAAUAAGUUUGCUACAGCCCAGGAGUGUUCGCUGGAUGAUGACAGCAUUCUAAUCCCAAUUGUAGUUGGUGCUGCACUUGCUGUCUUGAUUGCCAUUAUAGUGGUUGCUUACAUAAUUGGCAGAAGAAAAAGCUAUGCUGGAUAUCAAACUUUGUGAAUCUAAGUGUGAUUCCUGCUAUGAUUUCACUCUAAACAAAGCAAGUGCAAGUUCUGAAGUCCAAAAAAGACACAAAACUUAGGAGUAAUUACUAGCCACAGCUAAUUGGAGUUGAGAAACAAAGGGAGAAUGUUUAUCACAGAUGAGGCAGAAUUUUUGUUUCCCUGCCCUAAGAAGACAAUGUGAGUUUCAUUGCUGUUUUGAAGAUGUCAAAUCCUGAAUGAAUUGCUAGGCUAAGGAUUUUAUCUUGCAAAAGUCCUAAAGCAUUUAGGAUUUAUUUCUGCUUUUUACAAAUACUAGCCUGAAACAAUAACACAUUCUGAACUGAUGUGUAUUGGGCAGCUCCCAGAAUAGCAUAGAAUUUGUACUUGCUUCUCUCCUCUGCGUCCUUAGUCAUUGUAAUUGUGGGUUAAGCUGGCAGCAUUAGUCACUCUGUUGACUUCUGUAGUAUUUAACAAAGGAUUGUCUAAUGCCCAAUAGCAACUUUGUUUUCCAUAGGAUUGAACUUCAGGCUGGUAAUUAAGUGAUCUCUGGAAGUGGCAGCAGUAACUUACCUGCCUUUGUUGGGAUUUCAGUAAUUUACUCCUGCCUUGGUGUAAUUUCAGGAACCAUUCCUAUACCAUGGCUGUACAAACAAAAUGAGUAACUUGCCAAAUGGUGAAUAUAUGGGAAGACUUCAGUGCCGUUUCCAGAUGCUUUCAAAAAAAAACCUGUUAGGCACUGAAUUCUUUAUUAUACCCUGGUAAUCAUCUAAAAUACUCACCUAAGGCAGACUUCUGCUAAAUUAAUGCAAGCUAUUUUUUUGGUGGCAUCAGUUUAAAGGGAAUAACCUUUCUAAAUAUUCCAGAACUUUAAAGUGCACUUAACUUCAUACCGUACUCUGCACAGAACUGGUCUGUCUUGUUGCUUUGAAUGACCUUGUUUAAAGAUGCUUUCAUUUAAUGAGCCAGUAUUUGUUGUUGCAGCUUGAGCUGUUUUUAAAUCUUCAUCUUGAAUGGUUCUCUGCCAGUGAAAGUUGACAUUAUAGCUGCCCGCCAUUGGCACUCUGAAUGUUGAACGUUUGUGUUGGGUUGUUUGCAGUGUAGCAUUUAUUAAUGUUAAGAAUGCAAAAGCCAAACAAGUCUGAGAUGCACCCACAACACCUGUUUUUCCUUGCUGUAUGAAAAGAAUAAGUAGGUUAAAGAAAGUGCAGUGCAACUGGACUGUUCUUAAGCUGCAGCUCUAUAGAGACUAACCCUUGAUGCACAACUUUUCUCUGGGCUCCUUGUGCAUUUUCUUACUGCAUGGAAAAAAAAAAGAAGUCUUUUAGACUUCUAGAUAAUUGUGGCUUUUUUGCAUAUGUCAUAACAUGAGCUGCCUAAGCUAGUUAUUUAAUGAACAUACCAUCGUCUCCCCAUUUAGAAUGAGUUUCGCCUGCAUCAAAGCUGCUCUAGUGUUUUAUUAGUGUUCUCUAGGGUUGUAGAGAUGUCUGUGGCAUGUUUGUAUACAAAUCAUAAAAUACACUUCUUUCAGUAGUGGUUUGGUUUUUUUUUUGUAAAGACAGUUUACUCUUGACACUAGCCAAGGAAGCAUGUAUGGGUGGAUAAUGCUUACUAUAGCUUGUAGUCUACAGCUUGAAUUUUGCAUCAGUUACUGAAAUGCAUUUUAAUGAAAGUGGGGAACUGCUAUAAGUUUAAUCAGGAAACAAGCUUCAAGACUUACCAUUUUAAUUUUAAAAAAUGGAUCUAAUGACUUUCAUAUUAAUAUAUCCUCAAAUGCAGAAUUUCAUAUAGUUUUUUUAGCUUUUUUUUUUUUUUUGAGUGAUGUUCAGUGGCACCAGUUAAGCAUGCAUCUCUGUUAAGGAGUAAUCAUCACACUACUCUUCUGACCUUGCAAAUUUUUGAACUGUACACAGUUUCCAAGUGAUAAAAUAGAAGAUUCAUACAAACUGCUUCCUAAAAUCAACACUAGAAAUCCCAUUGCAAAAAGCUGUAAGUAUAUUGGCUCAGAGGUUUAAGUAUUCCUAGACUGAUGUGUAGGUAACUGGUUCAAAAAGCAUCAGUUUCACCUGACUUCCUGUUGUUAUAAAACCACUAGUUUUCCUGUAUGUACUGCUCCAUAGGGAACUGUCAAUCUGUUUAACCUGUGCUCUAAAAAUAAAGAUUGUUCUAUUUCUUAAGGAAACUUGUUCACAUUUUUUAACUGAUUUGAAAACAGACGUCUUGUAUUGUCUUUUUUUAAAGAAAAUAAACUCAAUGAGUAAGGUGAACUCUAAA